AUGUUCUGUUCUUUCUCAGAUUUCAUUUUCUACAGUGUUAGUAAGAUUUUUGAUGUAGUUUUUUUAAAAAAUAUUUAUUAA